CAGGGCACCAUGGAGCUGCCACCUGGCUGCCUUCUCCUCCUGGCUGCCCUGCUCCCCCUGGCCAGGCGGUCCAGCCCAGCCCCGCACACAACGGGACGAGAGGAGCUGGGCAUGGCAAAGCCUGGCUACUGCUACCACAUCGCAGAGGUGGAGGACCUGCUGGACAAGGACUGUGGCUCCUGCCACACGGGUGCCUCCUGCUCGCGCUGCACCAGCGAUGCCGACUGCCACGGAGUCACCAAGUGCUGUCCCAGCAAGUGUGGCCACACAUGCCAGGAGCCAGUGCUGGACUUCUGCUACCUGCCCUCAGUGUGUGGGAACUGCAAGGCUCUGUUCCGCCGCUUCUUCUUCAACGCCUCCAGCCAGCAGUGUGAGGAGUUCAUCUACGGCGGCUGUGGCGGCAACAGGAACAACUUUGAGACCAAGGGCGAGUGCUUCCAGGCCUGCUCCCAUGUCAGUAAUUAGCACUGUGCUGUGGGCCAUGGGCCACAGCUGCUCCUGGCCCCUCUCCUGAUGCCCCAGCUCUCAGUUCCAGGUGCCUGGCAGUGCUGGGAAGUGGUGGCUUCUGCACAGCCCCUGCCUGGGGGAAGCUGCUGCUGGUGGCCACAUCCCUGACCCUACAGGGAAACCUGGUGGCAAUGAGGGCCGUGGGCCUGGGUGGCCAUGCUGGGGGCUGUGGCUUGCUUGGGAGGCUCACUGGCCUAGAGAUAGGGACAUGUGCCCAUUCCAGCACGGAUGGCCCCUCCUAUGCCUGGUGCCUGAGCCGAGGAGCCUGUCCCUCCCCUUGGACUGUGACAAUACACGGACGGGUCCCUGGA